ACCUAGUGAUAUUCGUGACGUCGAGAUAAUUUCUGUUACGUCAAGUUGAUAUUCGUGUGGUCUUGUGAUCGAACAGCUGAAGAAGACAAGGAGAACGAGAAGAAGAAACAAGUAUUAGACUUUCCAAGUGAGAUUAUUUUUUGAAUCGACGUAAAAUAUCGACAAUAAUGGUGGACCGUGCGAACAGUAUCAAACAGAUGAUUCCGGCAUUGCCAGACGAAAAAAUUGAUAUGUUGGCAGCUACAAGUGUGCUCCAGCAGCAAGCUGCCGAUAUUAGGAAUCAACGAAUUAAUUGGCAAUCGUAUUUUCAAUCACAAAUGAUAUCAAAGGAAGAUUAUGAUUUUAUAGCAGCCUUUGACUCAAGCGAUGCUAAAACAAGGGAGAAUAAACUGAAAGAGAAUUCACAUCAGGCAGCUAAAACGUUCCUCAAUUUGCUCGGUCAUGUUUCAAAAGAUCAGACGAUUCAAUAUAUUCUCACAAUGAUUGAUGAUAUGUUACAGGAGGACCGUAGUCGCGUAGAAAUCUUUCGCGAACAUUCCACGCGCAAACGAGAAUCUGUUUGGGGACCAUUCCUCAAUUUGUUGAACAGACAAGAUGGCUUUAUAAUGAAUAUGACAUCGCGUAUUAUAGCCAAGUUGGCUUGCUGGAGUCACGAUCUCAUGGAGAAAACUGAUCUUCAGUUUUAUUUAACAUGGCUCAAGGAUCAAUUGAAACUUAGCGAUAUUAGUUCAUAAUAAUCACUUUAACCAAAUAUCAGAGUUGACAAUGUUACCUCAUAAAAAUA